AUGCUUCUAAAGGAAAAUGAAAAGUUUUUAAGAAUUUACGCGCCAAAAGCAGAGUUUGAUGACUUCACAUCACUUUUUAGUUAUUGUUUAUAUUCUUCUUUGUCCAUCUUGUACACGCAAUUCUAUUCCUGCCAUUGCGCAAUCAACAGUUCUCAGCAAACUGUAAUCGAGUUAGAAAUAAAACGUAUAGCAAUAUCGUUGAGAGCUCUUGAUGUUCCACUGAAUCAGAGGAUAAAGCUUAAUGCUGACGGUUACCACACUAGUCCAACACAUCAACGAACACCGCUUGUUCCACGAGAUCUUGGUGAAGAUUUUAAUUUAGACUGCGAUGACGAAAUUUCAAGACCACUUGAUUCACGUAAACCAAAGAAUGCAAAAAACAUUCGAAGCUCUGGCUACGGAUAUUAUGAGUACUUCGAGUGCAAAAGGAAAAGUAACUGAGAAUGUGAGAUUUUUUCUAAAGAAAAAACAAAAACGUGAUUCGCUUCAAAGAUAGAACUCAGAGUGAAACUGAAUUGUGUUGUGUUCGGUGUGAAGAUAUAAAUUCGUGAAAAUACCCAGAAAAAAAUUUGAAAACUUUAGCUGGAACUUUAACGAACCGAUGGGUGUCGAUAAAGAGGUUAAAGUGGCAACCGUAGACGUUGAAAGCGGUGAUAAUAUGGCCACGUUACCAGCGUCAUCACGAUCCCAUCACAGUUCCGAGCACGCUGAAAAAAACGCAGCAGCCAUCAAAGAGAUGGAAAUUAAAAACGUGAUGCCGAAACCACUUGAAAGGACAUCACUUUUCAUUGUGACGAGUUUAGUGUAUGCUUUGCUCCUGAUUGUUAUCUGUGUAUCGUACGUCAUCAGUGAUGUCACAACUCAUCAACUUCCCGUUAUGUACUACGAAGGAUUCUUUACAUAUUUGUAUGGCGCAAGCAUUCUCUUUUUGCUGUAUGUUUUCUGCUUUCUUCUGCAAGAGAGCACUUGCUGUAGCGGUGGAAAGCAACCAAAGGCUCCAAAAGAAAAGAAACCAAAAAAGCAAAAACCAAAGAAACCUGAUCCUAAUGAGAAGGCCGAAACCGCCGAAGCAAAACCCGAAGAAAAAGCUGGAAAAAGUAGUGGAAAAGAUAAGGAAAAAGGCGGAAAACCAUCUCCGUAUCAGGAGGUGUAUCCAAAAAAGAAACGUGAUUUGGUGCGAGCUCAAUCUUCUUUUCAGGAAACUCAGCCAGAAGCAGAAGCUGCUGUAUCACCACGACAACGCAAACGAAAGACAACUCAAGAUGCUCAUGGAAGUUUCUUCCUACGUGUUGGUGCAAUAGCUUUCGGUUUGGGAUCAUUGAUUUAUAUCGGAUUAGAGUUUGGAUCAUUCUUUGAAGUUCCAUUUGACUCGCCAUGUCAUCAGAUUUUACGAGGAGUCAAUCCAUUACUGCAAAUGAUUUUUACAUUUAUGCAAAUGUAUUUCAUUUUCAUGAAUUCAAGAUUGAACAUUCACCGCUUUAAAGUUUUGGCUCGUUUUGGACUUAUGCACGUGGUUGCGACGAAUAUUUGUGUUUGGAUAAGAACUUUGGUCUUGGAAGCUCAAAAAGAAAUUACAGCAUAUUAUCUUGAUAGAGUAAAUGAACCAGAAGAAAAUCAAUUUGCUGAAAAUCUUCGUCAACAUACUUUAAUUCAUGCUGGAAUGACAAUGGGUACUGAGUUGGGACCUGCACCACCAGAUGCGGAAUGGAUAAGCAAGCCUAGUCGUUCCCUGAACAUGCCUGGAAUCUCCGCUGAAGAUUCACCUGGUCAUUUAUUGGAUAGGCUCAUUCGAAGCACAAUAAGUUCAAAUAUUCCGACAACAACUUUGAUAUCUACAACUACACCUGCAAGUACAACUUUUCUACCAACAACCACAUCAACAUCUUUUGUUGAGACAACGACAGCUGCGAGAAACUUUUUCCAAUCCGGUUUCAAUGCUAUCAAUUCAGGGUUCAAUAAUUUGAAAGAUUCUAUCUUGGAUACGGAAACUACAACACCAAAACCUGUUGUUUAUGAACGUCCCGUUUUCAGUUUGGGUGAUUCUGCAGAAAGCUUCUCAACUUCGGAACCAGGAUUCCUUGAUGGAUUCAUCUCGACAGUUGCUAAUAAGCUUGGAAGCAUUUCUGAUUUACGACCCGACCCAACAUCAAAUAUUGAUCAUGAAUUUGAAAGUUUAAAUGAAAAGUUCAACAUUUUACCGCGUGCUGAAGCUUUCCGAGGAUUAUCAACAUUCCCACCAUUCCACUUAAAUGCCACAAGUUGUGAACGUAACAACAUUUUGGGAACAACCGUUCCAGAUUCAACGCCAUAUUUAUAUCCCUUCAUUAUCGAGUAUUCCUUAAUCGGAGCUGUCGUUAUUUAUGUGAUGUGGAAACACAUUGGACGUUAUCCGAAAUUUUCUCAAGAUGAAGAUCUUGAACAUCGCCUGGAAGUUAUGCUAUCCCGACGUGCCGUCGCUCUUGCUCAGUCUAAUUCUGGUCGCGUUGAUUGUGUAGGCGCUUCAAAAGGAUUAUUCUUUGGAUUGUUAAUGCUUGUUGGAUCAAUGAUUUGUCUUAUUCUGUUCUUUGUACUUGUUAGACAUGAACAAUUCAGAAUUAUGGCUUAUUAUCUCGCCGAUGCUAGUCAUGGAAUUCUUAUGAUUUUGGCCAUUCUUGCUAUUUUAAUUGGAUUCUGUCGUGUAACAAGCUUAAAAUUCCGAUGUGAAGAGUCAACAAAUCUCAAUGACAUUUUAUUGCGCGUUUCAGCAUUUGGUCUUUUCCUUUAUUCGGUGUUCAGUGUGAUUGCUGGAGCAUUGAAUGCUCAUAAAGAUGAUCAAAAUCUUCUUGUUACAAUAACUUCAUCAAUUGCAAUUUUCCAAGUUAUUUUACAACUUUUAUUCAUUGCUGAUGUUUCACGUCGUCGCGUUCAUUUACCAGAACAUGAUCGUACAAAGCCUGGUCGUCAAAUUGUCACAUUUUUAUUGAUCUGUAAUAUUUCAAUGAUUGCCAUUUAUACAUUUGAAGCACAGAAGGUCAUGGCUAAUCCAGUUCAAAAAGAUUUUUAUGGAUUCAUCACAUGGGCAUUAAUUCAACGUGUCACAUUGCCCUUAUGCAUAUUCCAUCGAUUCCAUUCAGCUGUAACUUUAGCCGAAGUUUGGAAAACAACAUAUAAGGCGCGUUUAGAAUAAGAAGUUGCUCCUCUAGAUGUUUUGAAUGAAAGAAAGAAUUAACGGAAUUUUUUGAAAACCCAGUGAUUAUCAAAACUAUUAUGACGUUUUGAAGCCAGUGUGUUGAAAAGAAAGAUAUUCAAAAUGAAAUUCAAAGCUUUUGAACUUCAGAUUUCACAAACGAAACAACAUAAGAUCAAUUUUUCUAAAGUUAUAAUCUCAAAAUUUCCCAUUUUAAAAUUAAGGGAACAUUAACUCAUAACCUAAAUCGUAAUUUGAUACGGAAAAUAGAAUCCUUCAUUAAAGAAAUGAGAAUUUACACGAGAUAUAAUAAAAUUUAUUACGACAUGUUUUUACAGAAAGGCGUUUUAAAAAUUUACUGUAUAGCGAAAUGCAUAAAGUGUUUACAAAUUUUCGAGAAUAUCUACUAAUUAGAUAAACAAUUGCUAAACGUGAAACUUAAUUUAUCAAAUCUUGUCAUUGUGCAAUUUUCGACGAUUUCCGUCGAAGAGAAAGAAGGAAAGAAAUUGAAUGAUGUAAAAGAUACUUAAAAAGUCUUUGAUCUAGCUUAGUGAAAGCUUAAAUUAUAAUGUAACUUAAACUGAAAUAGAACUUGAUUCCAAAUCUAUAUAUAUAGAUGUUAGAUAACUUAACGAAAUACUGUCACAAUUUUGCAUUGAAAUAAUUAAAAUAUUUGCUCAUUCAUUCGGUUGGUAGUAUCAAGAUAAGCGAAAAUCAUUUCACUAACAUUUUGUGUCUCAUUUUACAAGCAAUCUUUAUUGCAAACAUUUCUUUUCUACGGAAUCUCUCCAAAUGGACCAAAAUGAGAGCUGAAUAUUAUUGGAAAUUUUUUACAGGACGUCAUUUAAACGUUCAGUUUAUCAUACUUCACAAAAAUUUUAUAAGACACACUUGAUAUACAAAAGAAAUAAACAAACAAUAGAUUUUCAAUCAAUAAACGAUAGUUGAUAAAACUAACAUUGAAACACUGCCGAGGAUGAUAUAAAUAAACAGAUCAGCUGAGAUAUUUAUAAUUUACUGCUGAAUUCCUGUGUAAAUAACUGCUAUGUUUGUAUUUGAUUAUUAAUUCUUUAAAAUUUAAUCAAUUUGAUUUGUCCUUUUUGUAAGAAUGAAACUCUGCUUAAUUGCACGUUUAACAUCUCGAUUGAACAAACAUUAUCUUAAGUAUUUCUAAGUUGUCCUUAUAAUCUUAUCUACGCACUUAAGUGUAGUUGUCCCAUGAAAUCUCUAGUUGUGACGUACUUUCGACUUUUUUACUUAUAAUAAAAUAAAUAAAAAGCGUUUGAGUAAAAGUUUUUUUAAUUAGAAACACGUGCAUCUUGUAACAAUUUGUAAUUUAUUAUCGUUUUAAUUGAUGGAAGACGAGACAGGAGAUUUAAAUUUUAUAAUACUAAAGAUUAAAAUUAAAAUAAUAUGUAUUGGCAAAUGAAAAACAAUUAAAAGAUAUUCGACGCUGUAUACUUAUUUGUGUGUUUGUAAAAGAUUUAACGUUGUAUUUAAGAUGCUUGAAAAGGAAAAAAAAUAUACUUAACGUUAUGGUCAUCUCAAAUUCUGAAGUCUCAUUUCAGUUAAAGUCAAAGCUUUGCUCAUAUCCGAGCUUUGUUGUUUAAGGUAUUUGAUUAAAUCUAAUUAUUUCUAUUAACAACAACAGGAGAUGAAGAAAAAUGUAGCGUUGAAAAAUCUAUAGAAAAUGAAAUAAAAUUUACGACAUCAA